UUUUCGCAGGCCUAAAUUAGGGGAGGAGCGGGCUUGGGCUCUCGGUUCGCCCGCCGGUUGUUGGGCCGGUGUUCUGUCAGUCAGGCCCUGCCGGCCAGCGGACCAAGGCGUAGGUGGGACCGAGCGGACCUGAACUGGAGUGACUCGGGCCAGAAAACCGCCUCUGGAAGGCAGAGGUGGGCGCUCGGGACAGUGCAUAAAAUGGAGGUGUGAAGAAUUGCGGAAAAUGAAACGAGGACACACGGGACCGAAAGAGCCUUGAAGAGCCCCGCUCGCGGAGCCAUUGGGCGGGCUGCGCGUAGUCACCGCCCGCACGGGCCCCUGCCUGUGUGCCUACGAUCUUAACCACACCGUCUGAAGCAGACGGGCCGGCCAGCUGUCUCCAGCAGGCCCCGGGGCCAGGCCGCAGGGUCUCCCGCAGCCCCCCACCCAGCUCUGGAAGCACCUUGCACACCCCAGCUCCUCUGGUUUCUCCCGUGAACUCCGCCAAGGCAGGGGCCGGCAGGUCCGGUCGGCCCGCCUCCCUAGCGUCUCCCACGCAGCGAGCUUUCUGCAGUUGCCCACUGGCUGUACUUGGGCAUCGGCUGGGUGCGGGCGAGAGCUUCAUCUGCUGGGACACAGAAGGGAUCGCGGACCGUGAGCCUCGCCUGUUCCAGACUUGGCCUGUAUCGGUUAGCCCAACCUAGCCCGUGCCUUUCAGCCGUUCCACCUUAAGCAGCGGACCUCGAGUCCCCGCCCAUCGUCGCCGGGUCCCAGCACCCACCGCGCGCCGAUUCGGGGCUUCAAGAUCAGGGCGGGGCUGGCGCACUAACCAGCUAGGUUUUGGCCGGCUAGACUUCGCCGCCCCAGGUCUCGGGGCUAUGGAGCCCCGGGCGGUGGCCGAUGCAGUGGAGACUGGGGAGGAAGACGUGAUUACGGCGGCUUUGAGAACGUACAACCAGGAGCACUCGGAGAGCUUCACCUUUGAGGAUGCCCAGCAGGAAGAUAGGAAGAGACUCGCAAAGCUGCUGGUGUCUGUCCUGGAGCAGGGCUUGCCACUUUCACACCGUGUCACCUGGCUGCAGACUGUCCGAAUCCUGUCCCGGGACCGUAGCUGCCUGGCUCCAUUCACCAGUCGCCAGAGCCUGCACGCACUAGCUUCCUAUGCUGACAUAUCUGCCUGUGAGGGGUCUCUCUCAGAGGCCCCUGACAUGGACGUUGUGCUCGAGUCCCUCAAGUGCUUGUGCAACCUUGUGCUCAGCAGCCCUGUGGCACAGGCACUUGCUGCCGAGGCCCACCUUGUGGUGAAGCUUACAGAGCGUGUGGGGCUGUACCGCAAGAGGAGCUUCCCCCACGAGGUGCAGUUCUUUGACCUACGGCUCCUUUUCCUGCUAACAGCGCUGCGCACUGAUGUGCGCCAGCAGUUGUUUCAGGAGCUGCAUGGCGUGCACUUGUUGACUCAUACACUAGAGCUAACGCUGGGAGUGACCCCUGAAGAGAGCCCCCCUGAAGUCCUUCCUCCCCAAGAGACUGAGCGGGCCAUGGAGAUCCUCAAAGUGCUCUUCAACAUCACCUUCGACUCCAUCAAGAGGGAGGUAGAGGAGGAAGAUGCUGCCCUUUAUCAAUACUUGGGGACCCUUUUGAGGCAGUGUGUGAUGAUUGCUGCUGCUGGAGACCGCACAGAGGAGUUCCAUGGGCACACGGUGAAUCUCCUAGGGAACUUGCCCCUGAAGUGUUUGGAUGUCCUCCUCACCCUGGAUCUACAUGAAGGCUCUUUGGAGUUCAUGGGAGUGAACAUGGAUGUGAUCAGUGUCCUCCUUGCCUUCCUAGAGAAGCGCCUACAUCAGACCCACAGGCUGAAGGAGAGUGUGGCUCCCGUGCUAACCGUGCUGACUGAAUGUGCCCGCAUGCACCGUCCAGCCAGGAAGUUCCUGAAGGCCCAGGUGCUGCCGCCCCUACGGGAUGUAAGAACUCGGCCCGAGGUGGGGGAGCUACUUCGGAACAAGCUGGUCCGCCUCAUGACACACCUGGACACAGAUGUGAAGAGGGUAGCAGCUGAGUUCCUCUUCGUCCUGUGCUCUGAAAGUGUGCCCCGGUUCAUCAAGUACACAGGUUACGGGAAUGCUGCUGGCCUUCUGGCUGCCAGAGGCCUCAUGGCAGGAGGCCGGACCGAGGGGCAGUACUCAGAGGAUGAAGACACAGACACAGAUGAGUACAAGGAAGCUAAGGCCAGCAUCAACCCAGUGACUGGCAGGGUGGAGGAGAAGCCGCCCAACCCUAUGGAGGGCAUGACAGAGGAGCAGAAGGAACAUGAGGCCAUGAAGCUGGUGAACAUGUUUGACAAGCUCUCCAGGCACCGAGUCCUCCAGCCCAUGGGGAUGAGUCCCCAGGGACACUUCACAUCCCUGCAAGAUGCCAUGUGUGAGACCGUGGAGGAGCAGCUUUCCUCAGACCCAGAUUCGGACCCUGACUGAGGAUGGUGGUUCCUCUGCUCCACCUUCAGAACUGGUGCUGCUUCAAGAAAUAUCCUUAGGGCUGCAGCCUUGGGAAGUCCAGCCCCUCUUCAGCUGGAGUCCCUUCCUCUUCACACCCCAAGUUGUGUUCAUGAUUUGCCUCUAGUCCUAUUUCUUAUCUUGAGGACUGCAAUGGUCUUGUCCUGCUGUAGCUCUGGAAACUUGGCCCUGGUUUCUACAGGUGAGGCCAACCUGAGCAGGCAAUGUGUGGUGUGAGCCCAUCUGGUGCUGGCAUGCUCCAUUUCACAGGGGAAAGGAUGUGCUAGAACUUUGCCAGUCCACACACUGGCUGCCAAGGUAGGCGCCUUAUUAAGUGUCCACCAAAUGAGGUCAGUCAUCCUUCUGCAUUCCCCUUGGUCCUGCCUCAGCCACCCACCACAGUAUCCACAUACCCAUGUUCUCAUUGGCUGUGAUACCUGAAUGUUAAUCCUACCCACAGUCUGUGGUUCAGACUAACUACUUAUGUGAAGGAAAAUCGCCCUCAUGAGACCGUAAGAUGAAAUCUUGAGAUUUCCAAGAGUCAGGGAAACAUCCUAGAAUAAAGAAGAGUUUUGUGCAAGACUGAAUGUACGUGUAAAACAGUUAAGUAAAGUGACAUUGAAUAGAAA